UCGGCACCGCCUCUGUCCCUGUCCCUGUCCCGGCCGCUCCUGCGGGGUUCGGCACCGCCUCUGUCCCUGUCCCGGCCGCUCCUGCAGGGCUCGGCACCGCCUCUGUCCCUGUCCCGGCCGCUCCUGCGGGGCUCGGCACCGCCUCCGUCCCUGUCCCGGCCGCUCCGGCACCCUCCAGAAGAAAAUCGGGAGGCAGAUGCAGAAGAAGCACCGACUGUCUCUGCUGUUGAGAUGUCCUGUAUUCCAUUGUUAAUGGAACCACCAUGCUCCAGCUCUGAGGUACAGGGAGCCGCAAAAAUGAGGAAUAAUGAUGCUGCCUCCAGACUUCCGGUUCCUCUUUCUGAUGACAAUGAAAACAAACAGUCAAAAUCUAUUCAAAGGAAGAGAGUGCUUCCUUCUUGGAUGCUGGAAAGAGAUCUCCUGGUGCAGAGGGUUUCCAAGCCUGUAAUGACAGGAGGUAGUAGAAAGAAAAAAGGCCAAGGAAGGGGAGAAGGUCAUAGCGGGUCAUUAAAAUCAGAAGUAAGUGUACAGCAGAAAAAAAGAUUAGCUCCUGAAGAAACUACAGAGGAUUUUGAAAGUGGAGAGCAAGAUCAAGGGAAAAGGAGCUGCCUUUCCAUCCCUGUUCCUUCACCUCAGAAUACAUCUGGAUUUCCUCUUGAGACUGCCAUGAGAGAUAUGGAAGGAAGUGGCGAGACUGGAACAAAAAACCCUGGAAGUUCUCUGGAAAAAAAUGAUAGGCAGCUGCAUAGCAAAUGGUGUGAAAGAGUAGGUCAGAUCUCCAGUAAAGACAAUAGAAUUGAGGAAUCAGAAAACAAAGAGCAGAUUGCUGGUUCUGCAAGCCGACAAGCUCACUGGGGCAGGACUUCCCAAUGCUUUGGUGCCCAGGAAGGGAUUCUUGAGCCUGAUGCACAUCUGGACUUCGACACUGAGAUUUCUGAUUCAGCCAGAAGUGCAGAUGCUUCAGAAAGCUCCAAACAGAUGCAGCAUAAGAGGACACCUUGCAUGUAUGGAAGUGGCUGUUACAGGAAGAAUCCCAUUCACUUCCAGCAGUUCAGUCAUCCUAAUGAUGAUGACUAUCAUGACAUGGAGGUGGUGGCUCAGGAUGACAACGACGACCGGCCGGAGUGUCCGUAUGGAACGGCUUGUUACAGGAAGAACCCCCAGCACAAGCUGGAAUACAAGCACAGUGCACCUCCAGUAACUGGGAGAGGAACACGGCAACGAACUUCAAGCCAUGGAAAAAGGGCUGUGGAGAAAGAUGGUGUCAAUGACAGUGCAGCCAAUGAAUAUGACCUCGAUGACAGCUUUAUAGAUGACGAAGAGGUGGAGGAGUGUGAACCUACUGAUGAAGACUCGGACUGGGAACCAAGUUCAGAAGAAAAGGAUAAUGAAGAUGUUGAGACACUGGUGCAAGAAGCACGUAGAUUUGUUAGGAUCAAAAAAUAGCUGCUCAGAACAGGCUUACGAAUGUCCAGUGUGGUUGUGUUAAAGCAUGGUUGCACAAAGGAGAGGAAUUGUUUGAUAUUUUUUUCUCCGUGAUGUAGGCACUACAGGAAGAUAAUAAUGGGGGUGAGGGCAUUCUGCAAUGUCUUUCUUGUCUAUAUGUAUUAUUUUGGGGAUGGUGUUGGUGUUGUUUUAUUAAGUCAUGGACCCAGAGGAUAGAGCUCUGAAAUUUUUUUUAAUUUUUUUGUCUCUCUUUUUUUUUUCUUUUUUUUUGCAACACCAUUGGAAUCUCAUAAUUUGAAAUACAAUGUUAAAGGUUGUUAAAAUGUCAUCUUCCUGUGCUUGAAAGAAUUGUUGUCAGUAGGAAAGCCUAAACCAUUUUUAUUGUUGAGUUAGUUUUAAACUUCAUUAUUCUGCUCCAGUCUUUCCCAGGUGUUGUUUUGUUGGUUCUCUUCAGGUACAGUAGUUAAAUACAGGUUGUCUAAAUCACUUGAGAACAGGAUCUCAGUGUAUUGAACCACUUGAUUGGCUCAACAAUUAUAGUGUUAUUUACUCUAAUUACAGCAGUACCUCUUUCUUUGUACGUCACUGGAACUGUGCCCAAUCCUCAGCAAAGUCAUGAUGACUGUAUUUUUGCACAAUUAAACUUGUAACAU